ACAGCUUCCGGUGUGGUCCCCCCGCCUCCUGCGUGGCCAAAGCUGUUGGGGUUUGCCGGUGGCCGCUGUGGGGUGGUGGGGGGCAAGACGUGGUGAGGUGAAGUGAGUGCCCCAGUGGCUUUCCCGGAGUCAUGGCCUGCUCCAUUGUCCAGUUCUGCUACUUCCAGGACCUCCAGGCCGCCCGGGACUUCCUCUUCCCUCACCUGCGGGAGGAGACCCCCAGCGGCGCCCUGCGCAGGGACCCCAGUAAAUCAAACUGGGAAGAUGAUGGUUGGGGAGCAUGGGAAGAAACAGAACUUCAGGAACCUGAAGAAGAUGGAAAUACUUGGAAAACACACAAAUCUUCUUGGCUUCAAGACUGUGUUUUAUCCUUAUCUCCAACGAAUGAUCUUAUGGUUAUAGCUCGGGAGCAAAAAGCUGUAUUUCUAGUGCCAAAAUGGAAAUAUGGUGAUAAAGGAAAGGAAGAAAUGCAAUUUGCUGUUGGUUGGAGUGGCUGUUUAAAUGUUGAAGAAGGGGAACGUGUAACCAGUGCUCUGUGUAUCCCACUGGCAAGCCAAAAGAGGAGUUCUACUGGACGUCCUGACUGGACCUGCAUUGUAGUGGGUUUUACUUCAGGUUAUGUACGCUUUUACACUGAGAGUGGUGUGCUCUUGCUAGCACAACUGUUGAAUGAGGACCCAGUACUUCAGCUUAAAUGCAGGACCUAUGAAAUCCCCCGACAUCCUGGCGUGACUGAGCAGAAUGAAGAGUUGAGUAUCUUAUAUCCAGCUGCCAUUGUGACUAUUGAUGGAUUUAGCCUUUUUCAGUCUCUUCGAGCUUGUCGAAAUCAGGUAGCAAAAGCUGCAGCUUCAGGCAAUGAGAACAUACAGCCACCACCAUUAGCUUAUAAGAAAUGGGGUCUACAAGAUAUUGACACUAUUAUUGAUCAUGCUAGUAUUGGUAUCAUGACACUGUCCCCUUUUGAUCAAAUGAAGACUGCCUCCAACAUAGGUGGAUUUAAUGCGGCAAUUAAGAACAGUCCACCUGCCAUGUCUCAAUACAUCACCGUAGGGUCCAAUCCAUUUACCGGCUUCUUUUACGCCUUAGAGGGAAGCUCACAACCGUUAUUAUCUCACGUUGCACUAGCAGUUGCAAGUAAACUCACUUCUGCUUUAUUUAAUGCUGCCAGUGGUUGGCUUGGUUGGAAAAGUAAGCACGAAGAAGAAACCGUCCAAAAGCACAAGCCGAAGGUUGAGCCAGCUACCCCAUUAGCUGUAAGAUUUGGGCUUCCAGAUUCUAGGCGCCACGGUGAAAGCAUAUGUCUGUCUCCAUGUAACACACUUGCAGCGGUAACAGAUGAUUUUGGCAGAGUUAUUUUGUUGGAUGUAACUAGAGGAAUCGCAAUACGCAUGUGGAAAGGGUACCGAGAUGCACAGAUUGGAUGGAUUCAAAUUGUAGAGGAUCUUCAUGAAAGAGUACCUGAAAAGGGGGACUUUUCCCCUUUUGGAAAUACCCAGGGUCCAAGUCGAGUAGCUCAGUUUCUUGUAAUCUAUGCACCAAGAAGGGGAAUUUUAGAAGUGUGGAGCACACAGCAGGGACCUAGAGUGGGAGCUUUCAACGUGGGAAAGCACUGCAGACUACUGUAUCCUGGUUAUAAAAUCAUGGGCUUAAAUAAUGUAACCAGUCAGAGUUGGCAGCCACAGACUUACCAGAUUUGUCUUGUUGAUCCAGUGUCUGCAAGUGUGAAAACAGUGAAUGUCCCUUUCCAUUUAGCACUGAGUGAUAAGAAGAGUGAACGAGCCAAGGACAUGCACUUAGUGAAGAAACUAGCAGCCCUACUGAAAACAAAAUCUCCCAAUCUUGAUUUGAUUGAAGCAGAAAUAAAGGAAUUAAUUCUUGAUAUUAAGUACCCUGCAACAAAAAAGCAAGCUUUGGAAAGCAUUUUGGCAAGUGAACGUUUACCAUUUUCCUGCCUUAGGAACAUCACUCAGACCUUAAUGGAUUCUUUGAAAAGUCAAGAGUUUGAGUCUGUUGAUGAAGGAUUGCUACAGUACUGUGCCAGUAAAUUGAGAUUGCUGCAUCUUUAUGAAUCUGUCAGUCAGUUAAAUUCUCUUGAUUUUCAUUCAGACACACCAUUUUCUGAUAAUGACUUGGCUAUGUUAUUAAAGCUUGACGAAAAAGAGCUGCUCAAGCUCCAGGCAUUGUUAGAGAAAUAUAAGCAAGAGAACUCCAGGACAACUGUCCGAUUUUCUGAUGAUAAUGAUGGUGUGUUGCCUGUAAAAACAUUCCUGGAAUAUUUAGAAUAUGACAAAGAUGUGCUCAACAUAAAGAAGAUAAGUGAAGAGGAAUAUGUGGCAUUAGGUAGUUUCUUUUUUUGGAAGUGUUUGUGUGGAGAAAGCUCCACAGAGGAUAUGUGUCACACUUUGGAGUCUGCUGGACUUAGCCCUCAGUUGUUAUUGUCUCUGCUCCUGAGUGUUUGGCUUUCUAAGGAAAAAGAUAUUUUGGAUAAACCACAGUCUGUCUGCUGCCUUCAUACAAUGCUUUCCCUCCUGAGCAAGAUGAAAGUGGCCAUCGACGAGAUGUGGGACUCCCAGUCUGUGUCCCCGUGGUGGCAGCAGAUGCGCACGGCCUGCAUUCAGUCUGAAAACAACGGAGCUGCUCUGUUAUCUGCACACGUUGGGCAUUCUGUUGCUGCUCAGAUAUCAAACAACAUGACAGAGAAAAAAUUUUCCCAAACAGUUUCAGAUGCUGAUUCGGAAGCCCUCACGGAUUCCUGGGAGGCCCUUUCUCUUGAUACUGAAUACUGGAAACUCCUGCUUUUAAUAGAGGAUUGUCUCAUACUUCAGACUCUGCUUCACAGCAGAGGAAACACUCGGACCUCGAAAGUGUCAUUGCUGCAGGCUGAGCCACUUCCAAGACUUUCUGUUAAAAAAUUAUUGGAAGGAGGAAAAGGUGGCAUUGCAGACAGUGUAGCCAAGUGGAUAUUUAAACAGGACCUCAGCCCUGAAGUAUUAAAACUGGCUAAUAAAGACAGAGAUGUAGAAAAUCCAGACGAACCCAAAGAAGGUAUUAACAGAGGUUUCCUUGAGGUGUCUGAGGUGGAGAUGGACUUAGGAACCAUACCAGACUUGCUGUGUUUGGCCUAUGAGCAGUUUCCUUGUAGCCUUGAGUUAGAUGUGCUCCAUACACAUUGCUGCUGGGAGUACGUUGUUCAGUGGAAUAAAGAUCCAGAGGAAGCACGGUUUUUUGUUAGGUCAAUAGAACACUUGAAGCACAUUCUUAAUGCACAUAUUCAGAACGGCAUUGCGCUGAUGAUGUGGAAUACCUUCUUAGUGAAGAGGUUUUCUGCUGCCACAUACUUGAUGGAUAAGGUUGGAAAAUCACCAAAGGACAGGUUAUGCCGAAGGGACGUGGGAAUGAGUGACACAGCAAUGACAUCUUUCCUUGGCUCCUGUUUGGAUCUCCUGCAGACUUUAAUGGAGGCAGAUAUCAGCAAGGAUGAAAUGCAGAUGCCCGUCCUGGAUACGGAGGAUGCUUGGCUCUCUGUGGAAGGGCCCAUCUCCAUAGUGGAACUGGCCCUUGAACAGAAGCACAUCCACUACCCACUGGUGGAGCACCAUUCCGUCCUGUGCUCCAUCUUGUAUGCAAUCAUGAGGUUUUCUCUGAAGACCGUGAAGCCACUUUCACUUUUCGAUAGUAAGGGAAAAAAUGCAUUUUUCAAAGACCUAACUUCAAUUCAGUUAUUACCUAGUGGGGAAAUGGAUCCAACUUUUAUUUCUGUACGACAACAGUUCUUACUGAAAGUUGUUAGUGCAGCCGUCCAGACCCAACAUUCCAUGGCAAAGGACAAAGAGCCUUCAGACCAAGCAAUGACUACACCUGCUGGGAAAGACCAAGACUGGCCAGUGCUAGCUGUGGAUUUAGCCCAUCACCUUCAAGUUAGCGAAGAUGUCGUGAGGAGGCAUUAUGUGGGGGAACUCUACAACUAUGGAGUUGACCACUUAGGAGAAGAGGCUAUCCUACAGGUUCAUGACAAAGAGGUCCUUGCCUCGCAGCUGCUGGUGUUGAUAGGGCAAAGGCUGGCUCACGCACUCUUCCACACCCAGACAAAAGAAGGAAUGGAGCUGCUUGCCAGGCUUCCGCCCACACUCUGCACAUGGCUGAAAGCAAUGGACCCCCAGGAUCUUCAAAACGCUGAAGUGCCAAUUGCAACAACCGGCAAACUAGUAAAUAAAGUAAUUGAGCUUUUACCAGAAAAACAUGGGCAGUAUAGUCUAGCCUUACACCUCAUUGAAGGUGUAGAAGCCAUAUCUAUUCCUACUUUAUGACACUUGUUUACUGAAGUCUAAAAACUGUGUGACUGUAACAAGAAUUAGUGCAUGGUUAUUUUACACAGUAAGAUCUGGAAUUUUAUCGGGGGGGGAUAUAUCUUUUUUCUUUUGUAAAAUAAGUAAAAAAUAUAUAUUACUUUUAAAAAGUGCCAUCCUGGCUAAAUUCCAUUACUUUGGUUAAAUAAGAUAAAAUAUAAACAACUAUCAAUUAUAAUUACUAACACGGAUGUUUUACUGUUUAUUUCUUAUUCAAACACUUAAGUAGCUUUAUUGUUAAACUUUGCUACUUAAAAUUGGUUAUAAUUUACAGACUAUGUUCUUAUUAUAAGAUUCUAUAUUUCAUACCCAAAAUGUUAUUGUUGUAAUUAAAUUUAAAUGUGUUCGUGUACAGUCCCCACCAGUAGAGAAACAUCCAACUACCCCUUAAUAAAUGUUGAGAAAAGUUCUUUGUUCUCAUGCUAAUCCCACCCUGGGCUGCCACCUGGGAGUUCUGGACGCUCACAGGUUCCUUCCCCAGAGGUUCUGCUGUUGCCAUCAGAAGGAAGAAUGGGUUCAAGUUCCUCAUACUCGUCAGAAAGAAUAUUAAUAGAACCCUCAGCCUGUUCUAUGCCAAAAUGGAGAAUCUGAGGUACAAACAAUACAGCAAAAUUAAUUCUAAAGUAAGACAGGAUUUGCUAUUUUGUCAAGUUGCAAAGUUUUAUCCUCAUUCAGGUAAUUGUAAAAAAUGUAUUAUCUUGUAAAACUUAUGUAAAAAAGGGGGGGGGCAAAGAUAUUAAAAAUGUUAAGUCCUACUUUAUUUUCCUUAUAAGUGUUUAGAAUUGUCUGCUUUGGGGAUCUGGUAAUGUUAUCUGUCCUUGAGGACAGUAAGAAAAGAAUGCUUAGUGAUACUACAGUUUUAGAAACCUACCUCACAGCUGGGUCGGAAAGAUUAUAUACAACUGAUUUUGUACCUUAUAGUGCCUAGAGCAGUCCAAGUGCUAAACAAAUAUUUACUGAUUAAAUCCAAGUUAGCCAAAACUCUGUAUAAAGUGCUUUGAGCUCUGCAACGGCAAGUAUUUAUUAUGGUGUAUCUUUGGAAUGUAGCCAUACAGUGCAGUUAUUGCUAUGUCAUGGAUCACAAUGGUUAAUUGUAGUAACUCAUUAUGACACAGAAAUUUGUUUCUUCACUUCUUUGUAGGAAGCAAACUGUCAAUUGUGCAGAAUUGAGUAUGCUUUCAGAAAUACAAAGAAUGGCUGAUGUUUGAGAAUAUUUCCAACGUGAAGUCUUAACUAAAAAGAUCAAAUCCAAACAAAAACUUAACUGGCUAAAACAUAAUAGUUAGUAUUUAAGUUACUAUCAAAUUUUAAAUCUUGAAAAAUAAAUUGGGAAGCUGUCUUGAGUAGCUGGGGUGGGGGCCUGUGACUCACCGAGGCACACACUGUAGUCAGCAGCCUGGGAAAGGGCCUUAAGCUAGUCCAUCCUCCCAACCUCUGCUUGGUGUCCACCGUCAUGGCCAGACA